AUGAAAGAAUAUCGCUACUUUUUACUUAAUAUUUGGGUGUGGACAACUUUGUCCGAUUUUGUUCUCACAAUAAUCCUCCAAAUUCAAUUAUUUUUCCCGUUAUUUGGUGGUGCUUCCUGUUCAAAUAUUGUCAAUUGGUUAAUGCCUACAUUACCCGAUAAUGGAUAUUCUGCAUGGGUUCUCACGAUUUGGGUUUUAGUGAAUAAUUCGAUAUCUUUAUUGAAUGGUUUUCUGUAUCGAUUGUGGGUGCUCGAUACGGAUAGUUGGCUCACAAGAAAACCAAGACGAAUUUUGUAUGUUUGUGCUGGGAUUCACGUGAUCAAAUCAUCGAUUGAAACAGGGGAAUGUAUUAUGGCAUACACGCCGAGAGAUCAAAUGGAAAUAUUCAUUUUAAAGGGUUGGACAACAGGAGCCGAUAUAAUGCUGACUUUGGCUCUGGAACUUCAAUUAUUCUUUCCUUUAUUUGGUGGCACGACUUCUUCAGCUCUUCUCACUUGGUUGAUGCCUCCACUACCCGAUUGUGGAUAUUUUGCAUGGUUGGUGUGUUGGAUCGACGAAAAAAAUUUC